GCUCAAACCGAAACCGCGCACUUUACUUAGUGAAUGUACUUACUAUCCAGCCUACCUUUCAAUUUCAUACUCAUACAGGUGCUUAGAGGUAGUGCCGCACAUCUCGUCACGAAGCAGAGAAACUAGAAACACUCAAAGAAACUCAAUCGAAGGAGAACAAUCAAAAACUUCAAGACGCGUAAGUCUAAGUGGAAACUUAUUUUAUUUUCGUCGACUAACCCUACCCUUUGCUCUUUGAGUUUGACAUUGACUUCGUGAUCAUCAGAAAACAUAAAUAUCAUGGGCGAGCAGUCUGAGCCAAAGUCCGCCUUGGCGGCACUGAUGGCCAAAAAGAAGGCGCAGAAGAAGGGAGCCAAGGCAACACCGACUGAGGUAUUUGUUCCUUUUUUGUACGUUUCAGUUGGUUCGGAAAACUAGAAAGAGCUCCCCUCAAUCUCUUUCAUUUGCAUCUUCUACGUAGAACAAUUCCAAUUCUCUUUCUUUUUCUAUUUGGUCUUAGUCAUUCACCUACCUCGUCCUCUAAUUAUUUUGAUAAACCUAACAACCCAACCGCAGGGACAGGACGCAAGCGCAAAUGUUCCCACGACCCCUGCACGAAAAGCUGCCGCCGCUGAAGAACAAGAAGCAUCGUCCCCCGCACAAAAAACCACGCAAAGCGCGAAAGCCUCCUCAGCCACAGCCGCCUCCUCUUCCUCGUCCACCUCCGAGUGGAAAAAGGCGUAUGAAAUCGAGCAAGACCGGAUGGCGAAGUUUGGGUUGCGGAUCAACACCAUGCAGGCGGACGGGGCGUGCCUUUUCAGGUCGUUUGCGGAACAAAUGUUCGAGGAUUGUGACCGGCACCAGGAGGUGCGGGACCGGUGCGUGGACUUUUUGUCCCAGAACCGACCGGAAUUUGAGCCAUUUCUCGCCGAAGACGAGCCCUACGAGGUGUACCUGAAGCAGAUGCGGCACCCGCAAACCUGGGGCGGCGAUAUGGAAAUUCAAGCCCUGUCGAAGCUGUACGAGGUGAAUGUCGCGGUUUUCGUACCCAGCACAUACACCCUCAGCGCCGCCGCCGUGGAACAGCUCGAGAACGAAAAAGUGGCACGGCAGAGGGAAACAAUGAAGAAAAAGGCCCAACCCUUGUGGCUGCAAGAACAGAAAGUAAAGGACAGUACCGGAGGCGUCGCUGCGGGUGAGAACGUCGAGAAGGAGGAAAUAAUAUUAAAAGAAGAAGACGCCGCGGCUCUUAAAACUACUCUUAGGAGCCCUAGUGAGUUGCUGCAGCGUGAGUUUGGCGGCCAUGCACAAGUGGUAGAAAUGUACAAUUUCAGUGUGGAAGCCGCACCGGUUGUUGCGCUAUCGUACCAUCCUCAUUACCAUCUGGGCCGACACUACAACGCAGUGCGGCGUUUGCGGCUGCCAAGCGGAUCACAAGAAGUUGUACGUGACGGGGCGCAAGACGCCGGGGCGCACCCAACCGUGCCAGGUCUCACUGAGCAUAUGAAAGUAGCGCACGACGAGAAAAAAAGGCAGGAAGCUGCUGUCGCAGCGGAAAAAGCAAAACCUGUCAAGAAAACAGCAAAGGACAUAUUCGGAUAGUUAUCUCCCCUACAUACAACAAGCGACACAUGGGCACCACGCAGCGACAUUAUUUAUCGACAAAAAUCGGAAAAUUUCCAACAAAAGAACAAAAGAGAACAGAAGCAGCAAGAUAUCCAAUUGCUGAUGACGGAUG